AUGUUGAAAAAUAGUUAUCAUAUAGUAAUACUUUAUUUAAUAUUAACAAGUAAGUUGUGCGAGUGUUUGAAAUGUUUCACGAAGUUUGAAAAUUAUUGCGCGUGUGAUACAAACUUCAAUAAGUCUGAAUUUUCCACGUUCUCGUACUGGGAUGGUCUCUUCUUGUGUUCCUUCAAAUGCUCACAAACACACCACUGUGUUGCUUACAACUUUUGGAGCGAGUCUAAUCAAUGCCAACUGUUUAAUAAAAGAUUGAAAAAGUUCUCUGUAGUAACCAACUGUCAAUAUUAUUUCAAAGAAGGUGGAUCUGUGAACAAUAGAUCCUUAGAGUUUUCUGUGGACAACUUUCUUAUUGAAUUCUACAUCAAUGGAGAAAAUAUAUCUGUUGCAAAAAAUUUUCAAGGUGCUAAGGUGUGGGCAACCGUCAAAACGUACAAAAAUCUCCCAGACGAGUUGUACAGUGUUGCUGUUCUGUUUUAUAACGAUGGAGGGCCUGGUGGCAUGAUAGCCAAGUCAUCAGAUGGAUACGUCCUUACAGACGGCAGUUGGAAAUGUACCGACACCUUCUAUGAAGGUUGGCAGAAAUUGGACUAUAAUGAUUCUUUCUGGUCUGACGCUAUAGUUGGCCGCAGGCAAACAUAUGUUAACUCUUAUCCAAUUGGUGAACCAGCGAAAUGGAUUUCUGAGCGCGGCGACUGCUACGAUUGUCAUGCAUAUUUCUACUGCAAGAAGAACUUUAUCCGAAUGUAUAUCUUAGUAAUUUGUUUCCUAAAUUUUUUAAUAAUCACUACCACAACGAGAGCAACUUCAAACUGCUUUAGAAGAUUUGAAGAGAAUGGGGUAGGUUUCUGCUCGUGUGACCGCCACGCUGAAAAGGUUGUACUUUCAAUGUUUACGUCUGGACAAGCUCUCACGUUGUGCUGGAUGAAAUGCUCACAAUCGAGCAGUUGUGGCUUGAUAGCCAAGACAUCUGACAACUACAUCCUCACGAACAGCACUUGGAAAUGCAUCAACGACUUCUACGAUGGCUGGUUCCAAGUUGAUUACGACGAUUUAUUCUGGCCUGAAGCAGUUGUUGGCUUCAAACAGAAGAAAAAAGGUUCUUUGAUAUCUGUGGAGUUGUUGGAUGCUCAGUGGAUUGUUGGACCAGAGAAUUGCGAUAACUGCACUUCGGACUUUUAUUGUAGGAAGAAGGAUAUAGGCUGGGUGACAUCGGGAACUUGUUGA